GCUGGCUCCAGGGAAGUGGCGCUCGGCGCGGUCCAGGCGAGCCGAGAUGCGGGAGUCCCGCGAGCGGAGGCGCUAGGAGUCGGACCUUCACGCUCGCGGGGAGCGGGGCCGAUGGCUGCCCGGGGGCUGCUGCUCCUGCUGCUUCUCCAGGGGACCCAGGCGGCGCCCCCGCAGACAUUGAUUAUCUCACCUCAGUCCUGUAAUGUGCUAGAGAACUGGCUCUAUGAUGAAACUUCACAACGCUGCUGCUACCAGUGUCCCUCAGGCUACCAUAAACGGAAAGAGUGUCCCACAGAUCCAGACCGGGACUGCGGGCAGUGUGAACCCGAGCACUUCCUGAACAGGGAGCAAGGGAAGCCACGCUGCGAGGCCUGCGUGUCGUGCAAGCCAGAAUACGACCUUGUGGAGAAAGUCCCUUGCUCCUUCAAUUCCAGAAGGGUGUGUGAGUGCCGAGCAGGGCUGUUUUGUAAGGUUGCCGUUCUGAACAGCUGUGCGCGAUGCAUUUCCCACGCUGUCUGCAAGCCAGGAUUUGGAGUCCUAGUCAGAGGCACCUCAGAAGUUGAUGUCUCCUGCCAAGAAUGCCCUUUGGGGACCUUCUCUGAGCGGCACUCCAGCACCGAACGCUGCAAGCCCCACACGGACUGUGCCAAGCUAAACAAAGUAGCCGUGGACAGCGGAAAUUCCACACACGACCAAGUCUGCAUGGACCCACCUCCCACCCACCUCACACCUGCCACUUUGUCUGCGAAAUUCAGCAACGAGCCGAAGGAUUCCGACAGGGCAAAAGCGCUGCUCCUGAACGAGCAGCCAAGUGAUGGGAGCUUUGUUCCCUGGGGUGCGGUGGUUCUUUGCAGCAUGGUGCUUCUCGCUGGUAUGCUGGCGGUUUGGCAAAGGAAGGCUUGCAAGAGGCGGAUCUUCACCCCCAAUGGGAAGACUCUUGAUCUGUAUCCAGUCACUACAUGUAGACUCAAAUCUUCAAGUCAGGGUUCUGAUCUGAUGAAGAACUGUGCAAAGAGGUUCAGUAUGCUGAAAGCUGACAAAGAGUCAGAAGAGAGGGAGUUGUUAAACAGAAUCCCUGUUGUGGAAACCAACAACAACUUGGUCUCCAGCUCAGAAAAAAAUCCCAGUCCUGACUCAAGCCUGGCUGAGACGAUCCAGAGCACCGGGAAUGCCACAGACUACCCUGCUGAUUCCCGAGUGAGGGACCACACUAAUAACCGAAUCGACAAAAUAUACAUAAUGAAAGCCGACACUGUGAUUGUGGGAUCCAUUUCGGAAGUGCCCGUCAGCAAGAACUGCGCGGUUAGAGGAUGUGAAAAUGAUGCUAAGGCUCAAGAAAACAUGGAGGAAAACGAACUUGCAAUGCAUUAUCCGCAGCAGGAGACAGAAUCGUUUCCAGGAAGUGAUGUAAUGAUUCCGGUGGAGGAGGAGGGCAAGGAAUUUCAUCACCCUACCACUGCCACUGAGAAGUGAUGUCUUGCAGAGAAGCUCUUGAAGACUAAAGCUACACAGAUGCCAAUUGUGCUAGUGAUAUCCAGUGCAUUGGGGAGCCAUGAAUGCCUUAUUGUCUCAGAUGCUGGAAGGAUGGUUGGGGGUCAUGGGAGCACUUUGGUACAAGGUGUCAUAGAAUUGAUUUCAUCCAGGAAACAAGAGAAUCGUCAAUAGUAACAAGAAGGAUUUACACUUAUGGAUCACAUCAAAUAUUUCUCUCCACUUCUCCUCCGCACGUCCAGUUACAGAUGGGACUGAAUCCAAACCCCACGUUUGAACACUCCAAAACUCUGAGGACUUUUGGAUUCUGAUCCAACUCUACAGUUGCCCCAUCUUCAUAACUGAAUGAUAUAAAUCCAUUGUGAAAAUUCAAGUCAGGAUCCAAAGACUGAAGAUUGGGGCCUAUCUCUGAAUCCUCUAUCUGUAGUUGUGUUGUUCCUAUCAUUGUUGCCAAUUCUUGGGAUUUUAUUGCUAUUCUCACAACCUUUUUUUUUCUGAAAGUCCCAGCUCCUGGAGUCAUGUGAUCACAUGAGAAUCUCAGCCCUGACGGUAGUGGAUAAAAGCUUGGAAACAUGACCUAAGUGUGCCCUCGAGGCACAGAUACUAGAGUGUAAAUAAAACAAACCCAACAUUUAUUCAUGAUUUUUUUUUUAAGCCAAUCUCAUGAAUAGUUUGAAGCUGGACUCAAGGUGGACUUCCGUGAUUAACUUUUUGAUUUUGAUAAAGAAAACUGACAAUGAAAAGUACAAAAAGGUAAAUGACUUACAGCUUGUAUAUAUUUCCCAAUACUGCAUGCUUCACGGGCUCUCCAAUGCAAUUAUGCUGUUUCAGAACCUGUCAAAGCUGCAAGACCGGACAAUACAAAACCAGACACUACUAGAUAGACAUAACAUGAUAGAAAUAAAAUAGGAGAAGACAUACAUGAAUAGGGAGAAGAGGGAAGAGAGAAGAGUCCAAGAGGGAGGGGAAAAGAGAAUGGAGUCUGGCAUUCUUUGAGCCCUCUGUACAUGUGUUUUAUCCAAAUGUAUCUAAAAAAGGGGUCCACGUUUCUUUCAAUUCAGACUCCAGGGUUUUGAUGUUUGGGAUUGGCAGUGCUACUACAUCAUGGCCUUCUCCAGUACAAGCCAAAGGGUUUGGAAUAUUUAGAUGUUGUACUGCAAGUGAACUUUGCCUCCGAGUCUGAAUUAAGCAGGCCUGGCGAAUAUGGAUAUGAUUGUACAAGGAAAACAAAAGGUUUUCCAAAACAAACAAAGAUUUUUUUUUUUUUAAAUGCCACAUUGCUGGUUUCCUAAAACCAUGUCAGUUUCUGCUGCGUUUGGAAGAAGUGCAGGUGGUGGUCUGGGAAGCGCUUAUUUACAUAUUAUUUUUUAAAAAAACCUCUCAAGUUUUGUGAUCAAAUGACGCAAGAUGCUAAACUCUCAUGCUGCUAAGUCUAUAAUUGUAAAUGUAAUGCAUCAGUGCUGACCGCGCUUUCACGUGAUUAUGGAAAAUGAGUUACAUGA